AUGGCUAGAGUCAGCGAAAAGGGUGAAGAAAAGAAAUCAAGCAACAACCAAGUUGAAAAAUUGGUCGAGGCACCAGUGGAGUUUGUCAGAGAAGGAACUCAAUUCCUAGCUAAGUGUAAGAAGCCUGAUUUGAGGGAAUACUCCAAGAUCGUCAAAGCCGUCGGUAUCGGUUUUGUUGCCGUCGGUAUCAUUGGCUAUGCUAUCAAGUUGAUUCAUAUUCCUAUUAGAUACGUUAUUGUUUAA